UCUGUAAUCCUUAAAUAACAAUAUUUAUCUAGCAAAUAGAUGAAAACAACUACUACUCUAACCAGAUUUAAACUGUGUUUACAUAGUAUUCUAUUGUUAUAAUAUUCUCCAGAAAUAUCCAAUUAUUUUAUAUCACUUGUGUCAGGCCGUGUUUCUUCAAACCAAUACGAAGCAUGUCAUCUGACAAAGACCCGCUUACCAGCGAGAGAUCUGGAAGAGUGAGAGAAGUCGGCAAUCACGCUAUUUGGAGUCUGUCAUCUUGUAAGCCAGGUUUUGGCAUAGACCAGCUGAGGGAUGACUGUAUGGACACAUAUUGGCAGUCAGACGGACAACUGCCACACCUAGUAAACAUCCAAUUUCAGAGAAAGACUAUGGUGUCACACAUCUACAUCUACACAGACUACAAACUGGACGAGAGCUACACUCCCAGCAGGAUAUCCAUCAGGGCCGGAACACACUUCAAUGAUCUACAGGAAAUUGAAGUUAUUGAAUUAAUAGAGCCGAGUGGAUGGGAAAUGAUACCGAUCAAAGACAUGCAUGACAGACCAAUAAGAACAUUUAUGAUCCAGAUAGCAGUGUUGAGCAACCACCAGAACGGGAGAGACACACACAUGAGACAGAUCAAAGUGCAUUCUCCAUGUGAACCCACUUCAUUUGAUAUUAAUAAAUUUAGGAACUUUUCUACGGUCCAAUUCCAGCAGUACACUACUAUCCGAUAAGAGUUUCCUCUUCUGUUCCGAAAGCUAAGAAUAAUCAAGCCUUAUUUUUUUAUUGUCUUAUAUUGUCGGAAACUGUAUAAGGUUUUUAUCGAUGGUGUCAACAUAGAAUUCCCGUUUCUAGUUAUGUUUUAUUGGCUUAAAGGCAUCAGAAUCAAAAAAUACAAAAAAAGGGAAAACAGGGGAAACCUGGCGCGAUCUGUACUGUAAAAAGCUUCGACCGGUCGAACUCAUUUGCUUGACCAUUAAAUCAAAAACUAUAAAAUAAUUAUCAUGUUAUAUUAAAUAAACUGAAUAAAUCUGUACAGUAU